AUGGACGCAGCAAGGGCAGGAGGUGGCCACUUCGCCCGCGGUCCCGUCAGUGCGGGCGUCAGGUACGCGGAGUACUGGCAAGAGCUGAUGGCAACCGCCGAGCACGCAGGGCAGACUAUUCAUGCAGAUGACUCACAUGAGCCUGUGCCUGCCGCAAAAAGCCCCACACCAACCCCACCCCCAUCGGGACACGCGCCGCCAAGCCCUCUGGCAGCAGCCAGUGCGUACCGUCUCAACCUCGCCCUCACGCCUAACCCUCACAAGGUGAGGCAAUCACCUCCACCGUAUGAGCAGCAGCAGCAGCAGCCACUACACGUGACGAUCAUGUCUAAGCAUGUAGGAGAGGGAGAGGGAGAGGAGUGCAUCGAGAAGUCGAUGCGGAGGUGCAAGGAAGUCUCUGCUCCAGCCGAGAAGUUGACCUGCAAAUCUUCAAGUGCGCGAAAGUCCUCGCCACCCGCGGUGUGCGCUGGGCCCUGGGUCCCUUCGCCAUCAGUACUCGGCAUUGCGACCCGCCUUAGCGAUGAUGAGGCUGGUACGGUCCAGGUGACAGACUCGAUACAUGGGCAACGGGUGCGCGUCACAGUGAGAGGAGGUACUCAUACUUCGGAGAACAUCUUCGGCGAUCAGAGAGACUUACCUGCCCCAUCAGGCGACAAAGACCUUGUGGAUUCGCCUCACCGACACUACUCCGCAUCAGAUAACACCUCAGCUCAGCACGCAUUCUCGCUCGCCGCAGGAGCAGCAUCAGUAGAUUCCGCGUACGCCUAUACGCCGGAUGACCUCGUCGUGAAGGCUGCUCAGUGCUAUGAGCAGUGGCGGCGGUGCGUCAUGGAAGGCAACACCGACGCCUACGACAGUGACGACUCGGCAUGGGAAUGCCACUUCAGCGACGGAAACAGCUCUAUGGCAGGGGAUGACGAGGCUGGAGGGGCUGUAGCUGCAAUCCGCCUCACUGACGGCCCUGCCCGCGAGAGCACAGAGCCGCCUUGUGCCGCAGCACGGAACCACACAUCCAGUGCUCUACCACACACGCCGACGGACGAUAGGCGCAGUGUGCUCAGCUCGGACCGGAGCGAUACCCUUCCUGAUUCGAGCCCGCUGUGCUCCUCCGCAUACACGCGAAGAAAGCGAACCCCCUCUCCGACCGCUCGCACCCACAGCCGUUUGCACAGCGCUGAGGCAACAACACACGGCUUAACGAGCGGGAGGCGAGACCGAGACGGUGACACGGACUCAACCAUCACACCGGCAGCGGCGCUGCCGUCGCUGUUCACAUGGACGCACGCAUCACCAGUCGCGAAGUACCCCUCCUUGCACGUCGCCCCGGUGGCUCCCACCGUCUUUUGCCGCUUCUGUGCGCAGGAGGAAAAAGUAGUGGAACGGCUGAGUGGCGAAACUGUGGAGAAGAUGCGCGUAGAAAGGCAAGGGACUCACUCGCAUAGCGCGCCGCUGCCUCCACCACAGCAGCAGUGCUACCAGCAUCCUUCGAUCCAGACGCCCCACUGCCUUCAUCAAGAGGCCGGAGUGCAUCCAGGAGCGGCUACGACCGCAGCCCGCUCCGAGUCAACGCACUGGCGAUACAUGAGCAAGGAUAUACGCACUGUUAAUGGCGCCGCGGGAUCGCUCCAGAGCUCCUCCAUAGCAGAGGCGGACGCGGUGCCGCUCAGCUUUGUGUACCGCCGCCUCUUCACCGACGAGAGUGAGGACGGUGACGGCGGCGUCAAAGUUCGGCUUGGCUUUGCUGACGCACGUCGUCGCGAGAGUAGUGGCGCGGCGAACUCGGAUGGCGCGCUCGUGCCCGCACCUUCUUCUGAGAAGGAACAUGGGCAGUUGCCGUCAGAUUCAUUGGGUGUCUCCUCCGCGUCUCAGCGCGAGGUGGCGAGGAUGACGAGCAGUGAUCCUGCCCACAACCUAACCGCGUUAACUGAAGUCAAUCAUCUUCACGAGACCCUGAUUGAGCUCAGCAGCUGCUGCAGUGAGGACGAAGACAACAAUAACCCGGUGGUUGAGGGAGAAGGCGUCGACGACGAGAUCGCGUCACAAGCCGAAUCCACCCUUCCCCAAAGAGAACGCACUUCUUUGCACGGUACAGCACUGCCCAGUGGAAGUCAGUGCGCCCUGGUCUUACCAAGCCCUUCCCACCCCUCCUUAAGGCCUUCGGUGGAGCCCGCCAAAAGCGAAACUCAGCAUCGCGCAGCGUUGACUGGGAGCGGGGCGCAUACUACUCCAGUCGUCGCGGCGAAACCCUUGCUAUGCCGUGACCACCCUCUGUGGCGUAAGCACCACGCCUCUGUGUCAAUGCUGUAUGCGUCGCGCCUGCUGCCCAGUGAGCAGGCCAAUGAUGAACUGCAGCUCUUUCUCUGCUGGGCGCAGGAGAAGGCGGAGCGACAACGUCGAUGGCGGCAGCACCAUCACCACGGUGACACCGAUGGAUCUUCGGAGACAGUCCUCGAGGCGAGCGAGCUCGGGGCCUCUCCGCCUGUAUCGUGCGUGGUGUCCGGGGUGCACAAGGUAGCCUACUCCACAGCACGACGUGGCAAGUGUAUCUGCGCACCUUCGUUGCAGGUGCAGCGAAGUGGUCUCAGCGGUAGCAACGAACGAGAAGCCGCCACAGGUGUUUUGCCGGUAGAAUUCGCCUCUGCACAAGCCACAUCCCCAUCCUCUCAGCAGACACCUUACUUACUACGCCCAGCAGUAUAUGUAGCUUCUCCCCUGUUAAGCAGGGAAGAGGCAAGGUCGUCAUCACCACCUGAAGAAAGGCAGUGGACCAUCACGCCGUCUGCCGCGCCGUCGCGCUUUGUAGAAUGGAUUGCGACGGAGGUGGACCCCUACGAGAGUCUCCUCCUCUCUCCUCUGUAA